AUGUGGAGCGGCGGCAUGAAACUAAUUGGGGACUUCUUAGUGGGACCGGUGCCUUACGAUCUAGUGGUGGGACUAGACUGGUUGACUGAGCACAAGGCUGCAUGGUCUUUCCCAUCGGAUGAACUACGUGCAUUGGUAGAGGGCCAAUGGAUUAAGUUGACACUCGUCCGUGUAAGCAAAGGGAGAUCGGAACGGGUUAGCGACCCCCUGGUGCGCCCAAAGCCACCAGCUGAACGGGCGUAUGACCUACUAGCCAGACAAAUAGCUGAGAUGCCAGAGGAGGAGGCCAUGGCUCUUCUACGCCCCCAGCCAACGAGGCACAAGUCACACACGCGUAAGGGACUGAAGGUGGAUAUUAAGGCACUACUACAGCAGGCCAGGGAGAACACAGCUCAGAUUCAACACCCGAUGCAAGGACUGUCUUCUAUCCUCGCUCUCCCGGUGGGUGAGAAGCCCGAAACACCGAACCCGACUGAGGUUGGACAAGGGACAUGGUGCUGCGCCUUGUUGGGAACCCCCAAGGUUCCGGAAAGGGACGGGGAUAACAGAGAACUGGGGGAACAAGAGCGACUUGACGAUGAGGAGGAGUCCCCUUGGCCGACAGCUACCUUGGAGUAUUCGCGGUUCGAUGAAUGA